AUGGGCGAUGAGGCGGAAGACCGCCACCACAUCAAGGAGGAGGAAAUCAUGGAGAUCAGAUCCCUGCGCCGCAUCAUCAGUGCGUACCUCAAGUGAGUCGGAGACCUGCCCCACCUUUUCCUUGCUUCCAUCCCGAUUUCCCUUCCCUUCACUCCUUUGUUGUGGUUCCACCGCUGCUGCUGUGAGUCUUCGUUCUUGUUACUCCAGGAGGAUGGAGUCGUGGUUAUUUGGCAUAUGGAAUUGUUUCUCCUUGGUAAUUGGUCAUUAUUAUGGUUGAGGAGGGGAUGGCCGUCGGCGUGUUAGAAUUUUUCGAUACGGUAGUGUAUGUGGAAUGGAGAUGAAGCGAGUAUCAUAAUGGAGGCAAGUGUUUGUUUAUGAUCGUGGUUCCACUCAUUCGGCGUCUACAUAUGUUAACUUUAUGCAAACAAAACUAAUGUCUUGGUAGGAGGAAUUGUCGUCUUGAGCUGAUUGUAAGGAACUGUUAUGUAACUAGUACUUUAAUAUAUUGAAUCGAAAGCGUCACUCUGACCAGUGUACUUGUCAUGGUUUUUUUUUAUUGAGUAACAAAAUAGAUCGUAGUUGACUGAAGAUAAAACAGAUUUAGAGCAAAAAAAUUCGGUACGGGUGUUAAUGACACAUCGUGGAAGGCAUAGUGAAUGAGCAUCCGAAUAGGUGAUUUUCUUAUGUGAACGUUGCUGUAUCAUAGUGCUCUGAACGCAUUAUGGAUUCUUAUAAUAACGGUAUUGAGGAGAUAGAUGCACAUGAAUGACUAGAUUCUUACAAGUAGUUCCGAAAUCUACUUAUAUCUAUCCCAUGAAGAAUUAACGGAUGAGAGAAGCCAAAGGAUAAGGCCUACCAGCAUUCUAGUCCAUGCAGCUUGCUUGACCCUGGGAGAAAAAUUGAAUUUAAAGGUCAGAGAGCUCGAGUUACAUAGCUGAUGUUGUGGGCUGCUUGAUCAUGUUCCAAGCUAUCAGAGCGCAAGCACAUGGUACUGCUGUAGCUGAAGUUGGUGAAUUAGUAGCAAUGGGUUUGGCUUCUGGUUGUUGAGUAUACAAUACAAUCAACCCGUCCUUUGACCCAAAAUGGUUCAGUUUUACACAGAGAUGGCCAUCAGCUGUGGGUUUGGUUGGCCCAGUUCUUGCUCCAGGAAGUGAUACCAUCGUUCUUCAUCCAUCCGCUCAGAAUGUAAGAAGAUGGGUAUGGUCUUUCCUGACGCUCCUUUUCCAUAAGUAUGAAGGGAAAAGGAUGGAUUUUGGGUUGUCCAUUUUCUCUGUCCCAAGAUUGCAUUCCAUUAUCUUUACGCUGUUAUAUCUUGAUGUUUUCUUUAGGAUUAAAACUUGGAGAUCGUACGAGGGUUAUUUGUUUGGUAAUUUAUCAGUGAGUGGGCAAAUCAGCAUAUUGCUGAAUUGCUGGACUUUAGACUCUUUAUUUAGCACUACAGUAUCAUGCAAGCGUGCUUAUUCACGAAUGAGAAAACGCUAGUGUCGUUUUCAGUGAGCAAGUCUUCAGGGAAUAAAAUGGAGUGUUCAAUCAGUCUCACAUAAGAGGAAAAAUGAAUUGCACGGGUGAAAAUCAUCCUAAUAGAUUAUUUGUUCAUAAUUUCUUAGUGAGGAUUUACUAUCAGCUGGUCUUAUAUACUUGUCACCUGUUUGCUAUUUAUGAAUUAUAAUCCAGCUUCUAUGGAAAGGGAAUGGCACUCCAUUGUUGCUUUUGCAUAUCUAAAGUCAUAUUUUGUAUCGUGCCACAUUUUCUUGUGUUCUCAUUUUUACGUAGGAUUGACUUUUUAGAUGUUUUUUUAAUUGUGUAUGUCAUCCCCAAUGUCCGAAACUUCAUUUGAUUUGAUUUGAUUUGAUUUGGCAUUUUGUCAGUAAUUCAGACUGAGGAUAUUUUCCUGCCUGGUCACUGUAUUUUAUAUCAUACGUUGUAUUAUUUUUCAUUUUUCCUUUUAUCAUGUGCGUGAGAAUAUGUAAUCAUUAGAAUAGUUUUAAUAUAGGAAUUACCUUUUGCCCAUUGUACCAAAUUUUUGAUUUAUACGAUAAUUCAGUUGUGAAAUUUUAGUGGGAAUGUGUUGAUUCUCAAACAUUCCCUGUUUUUUUUUAAUAUUUUUCAGUUAUUCAGAUGCUGCUGAGGCGGAUGUUAAAAGAUACGAAAGUUCCUUUAAGAAGCUCUCAUGUUCACACAAGGUAUCUUGAUUCUUGGAUUUUUUUAUUUCUGUUUUACUUAUGUGCCACUUUCGUGCCUAUAAUGAUCAACUAGUUGGAAAAUAGGUCUAUGUGAAGGAAUAUAUGUUAGUAUGUUAGUUGCCACUUAUCAUUCAUGUUGUGGCUGUGGGUAUAAGAAUUCUGUAGGAAUUUAUUUUAUUAUUUUAGAUGAAGGAUAACAUCGUAUUGCAAUAGUAAUAUAUUUUUUGUACUUUUGCAGGCACUUCUUUCUCAUUUACCUUCAAAAUUUCAGAAACUUAGGCGGUAGGUAAUCCUUGUGUACAUUUGAGGGCAAACUGAGCUUGAGAUAUCAAGGAAGACUGGAAGAAUCUUCUUACAUUUUAGUGCUCUGGUGUUCGUUCUUUGCCUUUUUUUUUUUUCCUCUUCAAAUAGUAUUAUGCAUAAGCAUUAAUUCUUUGUGGCAAAUGAAUUGACUUCUAAUUUUGUGGUUGAUUGUGAUGAUUGCUUUGGAUUAGGUCUUGGACUUGAGAUAUCUUUAUAUAAAACACAGUUGUUAGAAGACUGACCCCCUCUCUAGGAAAGGAGAAGAGGACAUGUAAUCUUUCCAAUUUUGACAUGUUUCCUGUGGAGCUGGUAUACGUUCUUAGACAAGAGUAAAAAAAAAAAAUAUGUUGAACGACAUCUUUUGUUAUGAUGUCCUAUUGACACAGGUAUAGGAUGAUUUUUUUUUGUUAAAGUGGCAUCACUUUAGUUUGGUGGUCUUACCAUCUGACGACUGUGUGCCUAAGGGAAGCAUGGACUUCUAGACACGCCUCCACUCCACUUAAAUCAUUUUAUUCUGUAGAUCUACUUUUUAACUCACUAAUUUGUUAGACAUCACCAAUCUCCUUGAAAUAAUGAUGAGAAUUUAUGUCUUUCUUUCUCUCUUAGUUAUUCUAAUGACAAAGAGCGAUUUUUUGACCAUUUAAGAUGAGCAUAAUCAUUCCUCUGCGUUUGAGUGAGGAUUCCUGCUGCAGUACUUGUUUUCUGGGUUUUCUUUUCAUCAUAUAAUACUCUUUUUGCAGUUUCCGGUAGGUAUUUAGAGCAACAAAUCUUUAAAAAGUUUAUGUGCUAGGUGAUCUUGUUUCAAACAUUAACUCAUAAUGAUGGUUCCUGAGCAGUAUGAGUUCGCUUGGAAUUAUCUUUUAUUUAUCUAAGGUUUACUUCAGUUUAUGUACUUCUGAACCAAGCUGUUGUUUUUAGAGCAUCUUGGUCAAAAACGUUUUCUUUGAAGUGCAAGCGUCUUUUCAUUCACAACAGAUCCUUACAACCUUUUGUGAUGCAAGAUAAUGCUUUCAGGCUGAUUCUAGGCUCUACUAUGUGGGCGUAUUUUUAAACAUUGAGCAGCUGGAACACAUCUCUAGUCGCUAAAUGAAGGGAGAUUGGCACAGGGAAAGGGAUAUGUAAGGAGAUAGCUAGAUGAAAAGGAAAAAAAAAAGAGAGUGAGAGACAAUACUUUGGCAAACUGCUGGCAGCAUCCUCCUGAUGUUGGUAGGCGUUUGGUGAACAUAAGUUGCUUGUGAAGAUAGAUAGUCAAUGAAGGGGGGGGAAUAAGAUUUAAGGAUGGGGCCUAUGACUUUGUUGGAGGAUUGGAGUGCAAUAUAUGGGUAUGGAACUGAGCUGAUGAACGUUGGCAUUCAAUGAGAGAACGGAGAGCUUAGCAGGCGGGCUUACAAGGAGGAUUUAGUGAUCCAAAGGAUUUUGGAGGUGGAAAUAGUUGAGUGUAGUGAGAAGGUUUGGUGGCCUGGACUGCUUUGGUGGGUUAUGGGCUGUCUUUUGGGAGGCGUUAGAAGCUGUGCCAGUGCCUUGCAAGAGAAGAAUGCUGGGACGAGCCACCUAAGUACACAAGUUACUUGGGAAUGUCGAACUGAUAUAUGUGUCCUUUGUUUUAAACUCAAGGGAGGUAGUGACACACUCAUGCUGCAAAAACUGAUCGGACUUCUGGAGUAAGAAAUCAUGGAACUGAUGAGAAAUCAAACUCCUGACUUGAAAAAAAUGAUGAAAUUUCAUAAUUCUCACGGAGAAAACAUUGUACUAUAACUCCCUUAAUGAUUAUGACUCAUGUGAUCAUAUAGAAAGAUUUUAUGAGUAAAAUCGUGUGUAGUUUGGUACUAAGUUUGUUGUGCACUUUUUGACAUUCUCAAGUAUUUUACAAGUGCCAUAUAUGUGCUUUAGGCAUAGUGAACAUUGGGGAGGGAGCUCUUUCUCGGAAGAUGUUAUAUUUGCACGAGUGGGAUUAUGAAAAAUAAAUAGCUGGGUAGUUUUUUAAGAAACUUCAUCCUAGAUACCUUCGGCUUCUGUUUCCAUUACAUCUAUGAGCCAUAUGAUAGGAUCAUACGGUUCUUCCAUGACUCUGCUUCCUUCUCUUCCUUCUGCUUCUGUUUCCAUUACAUCUCUGUGCUAUAUGAUCGCAUGAUAUGGUACUUAGGUUCCCCUUUCUUCAUCUUCUCGUUGGUUGCUCCUUAGAAGUUGUACAAUUUAUUUUAUGCAGAGUUAUAUGCCAUGCAAUGUCACUUAUAACCAUUUGGUGACUUCUGUGGCAUCAUUUUGCAGGUGUAUAUCUAUCAAUGGCAAUUUCAUCAUCAAUAUGAUACAGGUGAUCAUCCUUCACUUAUCAGUUUCUGAGUUGGCACUACGUUUUCUUACUUGAUUUACCCUCUGUAACAUGGAAUGACGGUAAUUUGUUGAUUUAUUUUUUGCAGGCAUUUGAUCCACCCGUGGACAUGAGCCAGGAUAUCGAUUUUGAUGAGCCUGAAAAUAGAGAAAACGUAAAUAGAGAUGAUACCUUGGAAAUAACAUCUGACGUUGAGAAGAAUAUUCAAUCUGUCCAGUGGUCAACCAGGGAAUGCAACUCUGUCUCUGGAAAGGAGCAGUCAACUUUUGUGGAAAGCUACAGGAUGGCUGGUAGCUCUAAUAACAUAGAUGACCAUAGUGAGGUUGUUAACUGAGCUCAUUGGAACUUAUAAAAUAUUCCAUAGAGCAGGUCAUAGUAUUUGUUAUGAACAAUAUGGUAAAGGGUUAUAAAUGGGUUCUAUGAAUUCACUUUAAUUUCAAUAAGAUGUUUUUCUUUGAUAAUGGAUGAAAAAUUCUCUGGAACCUUUUAUGGAUAAGACCAUGUCUUCUCAGCAUCUAGUACAACAGUUGUCCGUUGGUUUCACUGUUCAGAUUGACAAUAUAGCUGGGCAUUGCAUUGAUGCAAUAGGAGAUGAAAAUUUAAGUUCUGGAAAAAUGUGCCUACUCGCGUUUGAUCUGAUGUCAUACAAGUAACCCGUUCAGAAUUCUCAUUGCAAGUUUUAGAUGCGGCAUGAAAAUUCAUGCUUCAGUGAGUUAAUCAUUGGAUGAAUCAUGUAGGGUAAUUUUGAUUGACCUAGAUUUUUGGGUUAUAUUCUUUUUGCCUUCGGAAAACUUCUUUUAUCUUUCUUGUGAUCUGUUCAUGUAACCUAGAUUUGAGGCUAUUAGUGGCAAAGUAGGUGCUUUUUGCUUCCUCUAGUGGAAUCGUCAUAUGAUUUUUGUGACAUAUCUGGUACUGUUUGUUCUCUGAGGUUGACAUUUACGAUCAUACGUACUAUGCCUUUCCUUGUGCCUUUGUAGCUUUGAAACUUUCGGUGGCCAAAGUCAACCACGGGUCACAGUUUGAUGUACGUCCUUAAGCUUGCCAUAUUUUUGACACUUUAUACUUUUUCUGUCUUCUAGGCGAUCCCUUCUCCAGAUAUGUGCAAUGAUUCUUCACUUUCGUUGAAUGUGCCUUUGGUUGAUGUUGAUAAGGUACAUCAUCUUAUUUAUGUUAUGCUUCUUUACACCAUAUGACUUGAUGCUAUUUAUUGUAUUGGUUUUUUAGCUUAAUGUGUUCAACAAGCCUCCGGGGUACAGUCUAAGUGUGUUAGAACAAAGUUUCUAAUUUCAUGGAAGAUCCGUUUUUCCUUUAAAUAUUGUCUAUGCUAUGUUUAUUUGAAUCUGUGCUGGAUGGAAAAGGUAAAGAGCAUGACACAGGAUUUGGAGCUCAAGGCUCUUGGGUGCAAAGAUGCCGUCUUUUAUGCAGUUUCUUGUUUUCUCCUUUCUUCCCUUGGUGAUCUGACACUAGAGAGAUUAAUGGAGACAUCAACAUAUAGGAAUUUGAGUAAGAAAUUUAUAUUUGAUACGGGACCAAUUCGGAAAAUCAAAUUAUCUCUUUGAAUUGAGGUGUAUCAAAUUAGGGUUUGUAAAAAAAGAGGCUUUAAGACUUUCAAAGUGGUAUCUUAAGUCUCUAUGUCUAAUUCCUGUAACUAAGGAAAGUUUGGAUCAUUUUAAUUAUCUUAAUUAGGGUUAUUCCUUUAAUGAAUCAGGGAAGACUUAUUUCGGAGGAAUGUAUCACCGAACUUUGGGAUUUAGUGGCUAUCCUAUGGAUACUCACUUCUAAAGUAAGGGAGUUAUAAAAUUUGAUCAAUCACCAUAAUAAUUUAGAAGUAAAGGUACCUUGUUACAAGACUUAAAAACUCUUGAUGAUUCUUUAAGUAGUUGGUUUGAUCCUUUUUAGGAGUUUCACGCUUUUGAGUAAAAGAUGAAUGAAGAAAAUAAAAAGAAGAAAAAAAUAAAGAAGAAGACUGUCCUAAAUUCGAAGAGGAUGAAAAGAAGGAAUUCAGUAGACAAUGGAGAAGAAAGGGAAGAAGGGGAAAUAGAUGAGAGGUAAGUUCCAAAUUAUUCCAAGCAUCGUCUUUAGAUGGUAUUCUAUCUAACAUUUAUAGAGGAGGGAAGGAGAUCCACGAAAUAGGAAAGAGAGGAGAAGAAAGUGGAGAAAUGAUUGAGGUGGUUAGAGGCAUUUCUUGAAGAGGUGGCUUCUCUUUGAGAGGGGCAUACCUCAACCCUCCCUUAUGGGCCCAUGAGAAGAUGGACCCUCUUCUAUUAGGCUUUCCUACAUGGGGUCUUCUUCUAUAGACUCCUCUUCCUCUUCUUCUUCAUGGGCCACAACAUGGGAUGGACCGUCUUGUUGAUCCCUAUGGAUCCAUGGGAUGUCAAUCUAAGGUUCCACUUGGGAUCUUGUAAUGGAGUUAGUAAUAAAGGUAACUUCGUAUGGAACAAGUCAACCGGAGGCUACCUCCAUUGCUAGAUCCCAAGUGGAACCUUGGGUUGACUUCUCAUGGAUCCAUAGGGAUCAGUAAGAGGGUCCAUCCCAUGUUGUGUGCCCAUGAAGAAGAAGAGGAAGAAGAGCCAAUGGAAGAAGACCCUAUGGAGGAAAGCCCAAUGGAAGAGGGCCCAUCUUCCUAUGGGCCCAUAAGGGAGGGUUGAGGUGUUCCCCUCUCCAAGAGACACAACCUUUUCAAUAGGUGCCUCUAACCACUUCAACCCUUUCUUCACUUUCUUCUCCUCUCUUUCCUAUUUCAUGGAUCUCCUUCCUUCUUCUAUAAUGUUAGAUAGAAUACUAUCUAAAGACAAUGCUUGGAAUAAUUUGGAACUUACCUCUCAUCUAUUUCCCCUUCUUCCUUUUCUUCUCCUAUGCUGGAAUCUUCUACCCCUUCUCCUUCUCUGCCGAAAUCCCCCUUCUCCUUCGUUCCCUCUAUCUUUCCCCUACUUCCUCUUUUUAUAUCCCUCUCUUCUCCCACCAUUCCACCUCCUUGCCGUCUGCCUCGCUGCCACCAUUCCACCUCCUCGUCAGCCGCCUCGUUGUCGUUGUUCUGCCUCCUUGCCAUUUGCCCUGUCGCUAGCCUGCCAUCGCCACCAUUCUACCUCGUCACCAUCCACCUUGUCGCCACCUUUCUGCCUCCUCGCUGCCACCAUUCUGCCUCCUUGCCAUCCACUUGUCGCCUUUGUUAUGCUUCCUCGCCAUCCACCCGUCGCCCCCCCCUUCCCCCUUUUACUCUCUCUCCAAUUGGUGCCCCUCAUUUCACUCCCUUUUCUCCCUCUCCCACUAACGCCCUUCAUUUUGUCCCCCUUUUCUCCCUCUCCCACUAACGCCCUUCAUUUCGCCCCCCUUUUCUCUCUCUCUCUCACUGAUGCCCCCUCAUUUCGCCCCCCCCCCCGCCCCCCCCCUUUUUCUCCCUCUCCCACCAUGGCCACAAGAACCUUUUUUUUUUUCCCUCUCCUAAGUUUCUUCACCUUCUCUUAUUCUCUUCUUCCCACCGGCACUCUACCAUCCCUUUUCUCUCAUCUUAUUCCUACUUCUCCUCUUUCUAUCCUAUUUCUUUCUUCUAUCUCGCCUCUGAUCUCAAUCUUCUUCUCUCCUUAUACCACUUCUUCCCCUUGUGAUCUCUUCCUUGAUCUUAUCUCCUUUCCUUUUCUUCUCCAUCGUCCACUGAAUUUCUUCUUUUCCUCCUUUUCAGAUUUAGGAGAGUCCUCUCCUUUAUUAUUUUCUUUCUUUCUUCCUCUCUAUUUAUCUUCUUCUCAAAAACAUGGAAUUCUUGAGGAUCAAACGAACUUCUUCAAGAAUCAUUAAGAGUUUUUAAGUCUUCUAACAAGAUAUUUUUACUUCUAAAUUAUUGUGGUGAUUGAUCAAAUUUUAUAACUCACUUGCGUUAUAAGUGAGUACUCAUAAGAUAGCCACUAAAUCCCAAAGUUCGGUGAUUCAUUCCCCCAAAAGAAGUCUUAUCUGAUUCAUUGAAGGAAUAUCCCUAAUUAAAGUAAUUAAAAUGAUCUCAACUUUUCUUAAUUGCAGGAAUAAGGCAUAGAGACUUAAGAUCUCACAUUGAAAGUCUUAAAGCCCCUUUUUUUACAGACCCUAAUUUGAUGUACCCAAUUCAAAAGGAUAAUCUGAUUUCCCCAAUUAGUCCUGCAUCAAAUUCAUAGGUCAGCUUUUGAAUGAAAGAGGUUAGACUAAUAUUUCCUUGUUUGUGGACAAUUUUAUAAACUACUAUAUACAGCAAUUUCACAUUCUUACCUUAUUCAUUCUAAUAGAAAAUAGUGGUUUAAUAUUUUUCAAAAAUAUAUUUAAGAAUUUACAAGCACCUAUCUGUAUCUUACAUGUCUUUUUUUCUUUUGAGCACUAGGUUCGAUGUAUCAUCCGAUAUGUAGUGAGAGAUUGGGCUAUUGAGGUAUUUGCUAAUUUUGAUAAAGUGUACAGGGCAGUUGAUCCAAUAAAAUUCUCUCCCUUUAUCUUAUUCAUUGGAUUAUUUCCAUAUUUCUCUCUGCCGAAUUUCCAAUAGGGUAAAAACGAGCGUGACGAAUGCUACAAGCCAAUUCUUGAGGAGUUGCAGCGCUUAUUCCCUGUUCGAAGCACAGAUAGGUAACACCUUUUUUCCUAGUGUCACUCAUAUGUAGUGAAUAACUCUGUCAUUAGAAAUCAGUGUGCCUUGUUCCAGAUAGGUUCCAGAUAGGGGGAUUAAUGGGUUAAAUACAUAAAAGAGGAUGUUGAUUUUUUAUUAUUCUUUAUAAAUAUUUAACAGAUUGCUUUAAAUACCUUAAAAUAUACACUGAUGUUUAGGUACAUUUAUAAGUCUUUACAUGUAGUAGAUACACUUUUGCAUUAGUUAAUGAUAUAUCCUGCUUAGACAAUGGUAAGGAUUUAAAUGUUGCAUUGCUACUGGAUUGUCUAUUCCCUGACUUUGCUUUUACAUAUCAUUAUUGUUUGAUAAGAAGAGUAAUUUUCAUGCUUUCGUCUCAUCAGAAGUGGAGAGAAUCUAUUGGUUCUGUAUGAUUCCUUCGUUUACCUCUUCAGCCCUUGUUAUUUUUCCUUUGUGAAGCUUGUGAUUUCGAGGGUCAUUGCACACUUGCUGUUUACAGUUUUCAUUGAGAUGAGCCUGCUUAGGAAGAAACUGUCGAAGACUGACCCAAUUGAAAAAGAGAACCCUGGGACAAUGAAGUUGAUCUCAAAACUCUGUUUGAUUGGUUGCUGAGGGAAUUCACCAUUAACCUUGGCGUUUGUGAAACAUCUUUUGAUAUUUCUCUCUGAUCUUGUUCAUUUCCGGUGAGAUAGUUAAGAUAUAGACAGAAAUUACCUCAUGCAUUAUUGUAAACUUCAUCUCAUCCAUGGGGAGCAACCAGUUAACUGUUUUCCUUAGCAUUUUUGAGGAUUUUAAUGGCCUGUUGACCCAUCUCACUCGUCACAAGUUGAUUGUCAUGAUGCUUAUUCCUUGGUGAAUUGAUGCAAAUAUUUUGUGGAACUGAAAAUAAUACUCUUAUGAUUGUCAUGGGUAUCCCCUUUUUAUUCACAGGCCUCCUCGUUGUCUUGUUCCCGGUGCUGGACUUUGCAGGCUUGCACUGGAGAUUUCUUGUCUUGGUAAAAACAAUAUUCAGUAACUCUAAACCACUUCUAACUCCUUUCCCCCUCUCCACUUCUGCCAUGUCAUUUGACUCUCCAUUGUGCUUUACAGGAUUUCUCUGCCAAGGAAAUGAAUUUUCAUAUUAUAUGAUAAUCUGCUCGAGUUUCAUUCUCAAUCAGUAAGAAAGCUGAAAUUUUCUGUCUAUAUUUCAUUCUCCAUUGUCUAUAUUUCCUUGAUUCCUUGUACCUCGUAUCUUAUUUUGUAGCACUCAAGCUGCCGGAGAGUGGACAAUCUAUCCUUGGAUUCAUAACAAUUCUAACUUUCUCUCUGACGAUGACCAGCUUCAGCCAGUCAUGUUUCCAGAUAUUCGUCCAGCAAGGUGAUAAUAAUCAUCAUUACUUUAUCCAGCUUCAUUUAUCUGAUUUGAUAUAUUCGGCAAUAAUUUGAUAAAUAGAUGAAGUGUCUUGUAAUCUGAUUUGUUGACAAAUUUGUGACGGUCAAAAUUUGAGGCACUGAGCACAUUUCUUGUCUGACGAUCUUGGAGUGAAAAAGCCCACUAACUAUGCUCUUCUCGGAGCAUGUAGAGAUCCCCACACGGCCCAAGUUCAUUCUAUACGGACCCAGUUUCUCCCUGGAGGGCCUUCACGAUGCUCUUGGAGUUUGAUUUUCUGAGAUCAAGUUUAGCCUACUAUUUAUAGGCGCACAACAUGAGGCAUUCGAAGGGGUGCUCUUACAUCCAGCCUAGAGGUCCCAUCACCUCCCAUAAUUAAUGGGCUAAAAGUAGUGAGAGUAGUUGGGGUAUCUUAUAGUAUUCAAUAGCCUCUAAAUACCUCUAGAAACCACCAAAAUAGUCAAAGAUAACUUGGACUUGAUGACCUACGAAAGUCAGCAAUCACCAAAUCCAGCCAUUAAUAACAUGUAGAAGACAGAAGAGGGAGACUUUCAUAGACUCGGAGAAACAGGAUAAGAGAGAACAGUCUGAACCUGGAGAGGCAGGAGAUCCUCUCAAAUCCCAUCCCCACCCCCCACUUCUCUCGUCCCUCUCUCCAGUUCGAUAGAACCAUGAUUCUGGCCUUGUAUCAACACUACACUGCUUCGUUCUGCUGGCAGGAGAUUCUCUCAAAUCCCAUCCCCACCCCCACUUCUCUCGUCCCUCUCUCCAGUUCGAUACAACCAUGAUUCUGGCCAUCUAUCAACACUACACUGCUUCGUUCUGAUCCGAUCCUUCCAAAGAGGGUCGUAUAUUUGAGCUCUUUUAUUGUUGUAAAUAUUCGAACCUUCUUACUCAUUCAUCGUGGCUGAUUGGAUCCUACAAACAGUGCAGGCAUUACUGAAGGCUUUUCAAUGUGUGGUGGUGAUUUUGUUGAAGUAUACAGUGAUGUCAGCCAAGAAGGUACAUAAGAUGACUAACGAUUGGUAUGCAAAAUGGUUGCAAUUUGCGUUAAUUAUUAUCAUUAAAUCAUAAUACUACUUACUACUCAUUUCUGUAGAAGUGGGGAUUACUACUUUUAACUGCUGCUAUAAAAAGGCACUAAAAGUGUGAAUUUUUGCGUCCUAUAAAUAAAGCAUGUGAAUGCCUGAUAUAAUUAAAGCAAAUAUUAAAAGGAUUAGGGCUUUCAAGGAGAUAUUGAAUGUUGUCCAGACCAGUAUGGCACUGUGACUCUUGGGAGCCCAGAUUGCAUCAGAUAGGUACUUCGCUGAGGAUCAGAGGAAACCCAUGGACAGAACUUAGAAUGAUAAACAGUGUGAAGCUCUCGAUUUUUAUUUUUUUUAAUUAUUAUUGGGGGAGCUUUUCUCAUAGUAGAAGUAAUUAAAUUCGUAUUAGAAGCAUUUUCUGUUGGGUCAUAGCAUGGUACCGACCUUUGUGAUUAUCAGUAGACCGGCUUAGACAUCAGACACGGCAUAAAUGCUCCAUCAAAGCUACAAAACUAUGAUCUUCAAAUAAAUAACCAUGUUUUGUAAUUAUCGGAUUAAGGAAAGAUCCAUAGUUUUCUUUUCAACAUCACCAUGUCCCCUCUUCACUCGAUUUUCUCAUUUCCAGAUUGUUUGGACGAUCUUUCAGGGAUCGAGAUGCUUUUUCUAUGGAUAACAUGAUCUUCUGAUCUCCCCGCAGGAACCUGGGAUGCCGUGGUGACUUGCUUCUUCAUCGACACAGGGCAUAAUGUUGUGGAGUACAUCGAAAUCAUAUCAAAAAUUCUGAAGCCUGGAGGGGUAGGUUUCGACCGUGGCUUCCUCUUUCUCCCUCACUCCUUGUCUCUCUCCCUCUCUCUUUCUAUCUCUCUCCCUCCCUCCAUCUCUCUCUCUCUCUCUCUCCUUCUCUCUCUUUCUCUUUGCUGAACUAGUAUGGAUCAAGAUUGUUUGAACUAGUAUGAAACCGCACGUUCCUCUCUGCUCAUUAUGAAUGAUCAGUUCUCCUGUUUCUCGUGGUCGGCAGAUCUGGAUCAACUUUGGGCCCCUUCUCUAUGAUUUUGCAGAUCCGAAUGGGCCCGAUGUAAGCGUUCCGAAAUCCCCCACCCCCACCCCCCUCCCCCUCCCCCUCCCCCUUUCCUUUCUCUUUUUUUUUCUUCAUUUGGUCUAUUAAAUGAGAUCCAUUUUCCCUCCUUCCCAUCCGCAGGAGAUGCCCGUUGAACUCAGCUUGGAUGACGUGAAGAGGAUUUCAUUCCAUUAUGGGUUUGACUUAGAGGUACGUGCAGCAGGAGAAUUUUCUUUUCUUUUUCUGGUAAUUUUCGGAAGCAACCCAAAGUGCUUAUUUUUUGGCUCUUCUGAUAAGAUGGAGCGAACAGUGGAGACCACUUACUCCAUAAAUCGUCGGUCCAUGAUGCAAGUAAGCUCAAUUCUCCUCCAAUUAAACCCUGUAGUUCUUGAAAAUUCCGACUUUGCCCUUUCCUCUCUACGUUUUGUCCUCUGCGAGCAUGCAGGAAUGUUUCUGAUCUCACUAAACAAGGUUCUAUCUUCUCUAUAUUUCUAUACAUUCCAAGAAUAAUUUUAGAAAGAAAAAAAUGCAUUCAUUUUAUAUAUGAAAUCAAUUUUCCUGUUGAGGAAAGACUAUUAAUACCUACACGUGCAUAGACUCAUACGGUUUCAUCCAUAAAUAGGGUGAGAUAUGUUUGAGAACUCAUGUGGAAAUGCACCCAAUAUUUCCGCAUCUGUAUAUAGCUUCUGAUUUCUUCCAUUCUCCACCCAUGUGGGAGGUGGGUCCUGUGUUUGACCUUUGACCGGCAUGGCCUGUUAAACCUGCAGAAUAAAUACUUCGCAGCCUUCUGGACGAUGAGGAAGCGACCCCUCAAGGUAUGA